AUGCGACACAAAAUCAGAUUUGGUUAUAAAGAAAAAAGGAACUUGUCAGUCUUGGAGAUCUGCUACACUUCGGUCAUAAUCCCUAAGACCUUGACCAACCUGCUGUCAGAGCGGCAGACUAUCUCUUUCCUAGGCUGUGUAGUCCAGAUGUACUUCUUCAUUUUCUUUGGUAGCACGGAGUGUGGCCUGCUGGCCAUUAUGUCCUAUGACCGGUACGUCGCCAUAUGCUACCCUAUACCUUACUCACUCAUCAUGAACAGAAAGGUCACCAUUAGCUUGGCAAUUGCAGUGUCGAUUGCGAGCAUUGUGGUAUCAUGUGAGCAAACGGUGGCCAUCUUCACCUUACCCUUCUGCAGGUCAAAUAAAAUCAAUCAUUUCUUUUGUGAAGUCCUCCCAAUACUUCGAUUGAUAAGCACUGACACAUCCCUCAUCAAGGCCAUUCUUGCCUUCCUCGCUGUGGCAGUCAUAGUCGACCCCUUCCUCUUGAUCAUCACCUCCUAUGCCAGCAUCAUCUGCGUAAUCCUGAAGAUGCGCUCAGGUGAAGGGAGACGCAAAGCCUUCUCCACCUGCUCCUCACACCUGAUCACAGUCACUUUGUUCUAUGGCAGCCCUUUCAUCACCUACAUGAGGCCCAGUUCCAAUGGCUCCAUGGACAUCGAUUGA